AUGAAGUCCUUCCUGAAGACGGCGAAGAGCAAAGUGACUGCAGAGCCUGCCAUCGUGAAGGCUGUGAAGAACGCCACGAACAGCGAGCCAUGGGGACCCCUGGGAUCGCAGAUGAAGGAGAUCGCCAAUGCCACUUGCAGCUGUAUGGACUACCCACGCAUCAUGAAUACGCUGCUGGAGAGACUCGAGGACGAACCAAGAAACUGGCGCAAGAUUUAUAAGGCGUUGAUCCUGUUGGAGUUUCUGUGCACGCGGGGAGUGGAGCAGGUGCACCAGGACCUCAAAGAGCAUGUCGACCUGGUGAACGAGUUGAAAAGCUCCUUCAAGUUCGAGGAGCCAGGGUCCGGAAAGGACCUGGGACAGAAUGUCCGGCUCAAGGCCUCUGCGCUCUCGUCUUUGAUCGUCGACGACGCGCGCGUCGCGGAGGAGCGUGCCAAGUACCGCGACGCCGAGGCGCGCUUGUUCCAAGCCAGCAGCCCACGCCGGGGGCCGCUCCAGCAUGCGGGUUCGCUCCCCGGCCCCCUGUCCCGCCACGACGCCCCCCAAAAGCUGCCCAAGUCCGAGGACGGCGACGAGGACGCGGCCGCGGCCGGCGCACCCGCCCCGCUCAAACCCCAAACCUCCGACCAGGACAAGAGCGCGCUGAUGGGGCCGCACCGGCGUACCAAGAGCGAGCCGGCCAUGACACUGCUGUACUGUCCGGGGGCCGACGAGGGGCCGGAGGGUCCGAAGCCGUCCAACUACCUGCAAGGCGUCCGAACGGAGGGCAUCGAAGUGCGGCCCAAGGACUUCGAGCCUGCUCGAGCGGGGAGCAUGGGAGGAGACGAGGACUGGAUCAAGCACUUGAACGAAGAACUGGGAACCACGAUGCAAGUUUCUUCACCCGUUCACACCCCGACUGCGGUGCCCUUCCCGGUCUCAUUCCCCGACCACUCGCAGCAUCUCCCCCCACCCCAUCCGCCCAUUUUCACUCCGUGUCCAGCGACAGAUAUCAACUCUCAGACAGCCCAGUAUAACCCCCGGAGCGACUCGAUCCAGACACUUCCUCCAAACGGUACAAAGCCUCCUGCCCCGAUGCCUUCGUCUGCCUACCGGUCAUCCUCUCCGGUCGCCAACGUCGAAUCCUCGGACACCCCGCGCCGCCAGAAUGUGUUUACCAACCCCUUCCUGAACCUCCAGGUCGCUGGGGUUCCACCGGCUGACUCGUUUGAACGCUCGAGUACUCCAAACCAGGCUCUGCAGUCUCCACCGUCUCAAUUCCCGAGCGCCCAGAUCGAGAGCCCAGCACCGGUUUACCCUACCGCCCACCAGACCGGUCCGCACCCCAGCCCCACACUCGUCGCCCCGAGCCCUCAGCCGCAGUCCCCGGGCAUCGCCAGGCAGAACAGCGCAAGCAUCCAGAGGCAGAACAGCGCGAGCAUCCAGAGGCAGAACAGCGCGAGCCCGACAGCUUUUCGCCGCCUUUCGAGGCAGAACAGUGGAAGCCCCACCGCUUUUGCCGCUGCCCAGUUUCAACACACCCCGGCCGUUUCCCACCACAGUCCGUCCCCGGUCGCUUUUGACCAGUCACCGGGCACCCCGCGCCACGCCUCGGCUCCUUCACCUUUUGGCCAGCCACUUGCACCGGUUGCCACGCGGUUCCCGGGACAAGAAGACGCGGCUGCGAAGCGUGCUUUUGCCACCGGACCGGAGAACAACUUCGGAGCGAAUCCUUUUGCGAGUGCCAACAAGGGAAAGCUGUAUGGGCUCCCCGAUACGCCCACGUCAGUCCUCGCCCAGAACUUCACCCCGGUCACCAUCGAGUGGGUCCCCUUCUACCAGAACGGAACCGGGCGGAACGGAACCGCGGCAAACACCUUCCACGGGAACCAGGCGCCUUCUGGUGGACUGACCUUUCCGAAUCCUGCUCCGCAAUUGGUGACCACCGCAGCGUAUCAGACGAGCGCGCCGAACGGAGACAAGGGAUGCAAGCUGACGUCGCCGGGCCCUGUUUCUGCAGAGGGUGGCUCCCCGCUCGCGGCCGCCUUCGAGGACAUCUUCCUGGACGAGGCCCUCGCGGGCGCGGUCGCGGCCGCGGGCAGCUGUGGAUACCUGCUGCAAAAGUGCCAGAAUUGCCUCAAGUACUGCCGCCUGGAAGGGCCCAAGUGCGAGCAGCACAUGGUCAAGCCAGCCCCGGGGAACGGGUUGGCGGCAAGCCUGAAGUAG